CGUCACCGGGGAGACGCGGCCGUCCCGCCGCCCGCAGCCCUGAGGGCCUGGCCCGGCCCGGCCCCGCCGGCAGCAGUGGAGUGGGAUGCCAUGGCCAGCUCCUCGGACAGUGAGGACGAUGGGUUCAUGGCCGUGGACGCCGAGGACGCCGCAGCCGAGGGGACGAUGGAGCAGGAGGAGGAGCCCCAGGCCGAGCUGGAGCUGGAGGAGAGCAGGCACAGCAGAUCCAUGCUGGAGCUGCCGGAGGAGGUGCUGGAAUACAUCCUGUCCUUCCUGUCUCCCUACCAGGAGCACAAAACCGCCGCCCUGGUGUGCAAGCAGUGGUACCGGCUGAUCAAAGGUGUGGCCCAUCAGUGUUACCACGGGUUCAUCAAGGCAGUGCAAGAAGGGAACAUCCAGUGGGAGAGUCGCACUUAUCCCUAUCCCGGCACCCCCAUCACCCAGCGCUUCUCACACAGUGCGUGUUACUACGACCCCAACCAGUCCAUGUACGUGUUUGGGGGCUGCACCCAGAGCAGCUGCAACGCCGCCUUCAACGACCUCUGGAGACUCGACCUCAACAGCAAGGAGUGGAUCCGGCCCCUGGCAUCAGGUUCCUACCCCUCCCCCAAGGCUGGGGCCACCCUGGUGGUCUACAAGGACCUGCUGGUGCUUUUUGGGGGGUGGACACGGCCCAGCCCGUACCCCCUGCACCAGCCCGAGAGGUUCUUCGAUGAGAUCCACACCUACUCACCCUCCAAAAACUGGUGGAAUUGCAUCAUGACCACGCACGGCCCCCCUCCCAUGGCAGGACAUUCCUCCUGUGUCAUCGAGGACAAGAUGAUUGUUUUUGGGGGAUCUCUUGGAUCUCGGCAGAUGAGCAACGACGUGUGGGUGCUGGAUCUGGAGCAGUGGGCCUGGUCCAAGCCCAGCAUCUCGGGGCCCAGCCCUCACCCACGGGGGGGCCAGUCCCAGAUCGUCCUGGACAACGAAACCAUCCUCAUCCUGGGGGGCUGCGGGGGCCCCAACGCUCUCUUCAAGGACGCGUGGCUGCUGCACAUGCAGGCCAACCCCUGGACAUGGCAGCCGCUCAAGGUGGAGAACGAGGACCACGGAGCCCCAGAGCUGUGGUGCCAUCCUGCCUGCAGGGUGGGGCAGUGUGUGGUGGUGUUCAGCCAAGCCCCCAGCGGGAGGGCCCCGCUCAGCCCCAGCCUCAACUCGCGCCCGUCGCCCAUCAGCGCCACGCCGCCCGCCCUGGUGCCGGAGUCGCGGGAAUACCGCUCGCAGUCCCCGGUGAGGAGCACGGACGAGGCUCCCUGCGUGAACGGCCGCUGGGGCACCCUGCGCCCGCGGGCGCAGCGGCACACGCCGGCGGGCUCCCGCGAGGGCAGCCUGUCCCCGGCCAGGGGGGACGGCUCCCCCGUGCUCAACGGGGACGGCGCGUCCCCCGGAGCCCCCCCGGACAGCCCGGGGCAGGCGCUGUCCCCCGGCACCCCCUCGGCCGCCGAGGGCCUCGACCCGCGCGUGGGGCCGGGGCCGCGCCGGGGCUCGCUGCCGGAGCACGGGGAGCUGCGCCUGGGCGCCGCCGAGCCGGGCUGGGAGUACAAGCCCCUGGACGGCGCCGAGGGCAGGACGGCGGGCGCGCGGAUCCCCCCCGAGCACACUAACGGCCUGCACAGCCCCCCGCCCGGGCCCGGCUCCCUGCCCCUGUCCCCCGGCUCCCUGCCCGUGUCCCCCGGCGCGCUCCGCCGCAGCCUGGAGGCCGUCAAGGCCUUGGCCUCCAAAGCCGCCUCGGCCUCCUCGGCGCUCAGUCCCCCCCCGGCGUCGUCCCCGGGCUCCCCCGGUGCGGAGCCGGCACGGGCGGGCGCGGCCCAGGGGGACGGGCACUCCCUGCCGCCCAUCGCCCGGCGCCUCGGCCACCACCCGCCCCAGUCCCUGAACGUGGGCAAGCCCCUGUACCAGAGCAUGAACUGCAAGCCCAUGCAGAUGUACGUGCUGGACAUUAAGGACACCAAGGAGCGGGGCAGGGUCAAGUGGAAAGUGUUCAACAGCAGCUCCGUGGUGGGACCCCCCGAGACCAGCCUGCACACGGUGGUGCAGGGCAGGGGUGAGCUCAUCAUCUUCGGCGGCCUCAUGGACAGGAAACAGAACGUCAAAUACUACCCCAAAACAAAUGCCUUGUACUUUGUGCGAGCAAAGAGAUAAUGCGGCCCCAGCCCGCCGCCACCCCCGUCCUCCCCCUUCCCGCGGCUCUUCCCGGUCCUUCCCAGCCCCCGUCCUGUCACACAGCGACCAAACUGUGAAUUAGGGAGCAGGAAACCAAUAAAAGUCCGAGCAAAGCCUCCAGCGCUGCCCAGUCAGACCCCAGUGAAGCCGGCGGUGGAAGGACCCCAGGGAUUCGGGGUGGAUGGGAAUUCUGCCAUCCGGGACCCCCACGAGGUUGAUUUUCCGAGGGCUUGGGAGGCUUCGUCCCUCCAAAACCCCUGCAGAGCUCCUCGGGAGCCUCGUGGGGUUUGAGUGAGCCUGGUUUUGUAGGAACAACCCAAACUCUGGCAGGCAGGAGGAAGGAGCCGGGUGAAUUCCAUGCCUGGCUCCGUUAGGAGAACAGCAGCAAUAUCCCCCUGGGAAUGCCCAGCACUGGGAAAUCCUGCUCGACACAAACAUGAUGCCUUUUUUUUUGCCUCACCUGCCGCUCUCGCCCCUGUCCUUGGGCAGGGCCAAAACAAGGAGGAAAGGACAGGAUUUUGUGUCAGAAUGCCAAAUAUAUUGAUUGUUCCCAUCCCUCCUCUCCCUGCCGUGCUGGAUCAGGCUUCAGGAUCGGCCCCGAUCCAUCUGAUCACCUAAAAAUCCACUUAUCUCCCCAAAAUGGAGACGUUUGGCUGCCAGUUCCCCCCUGGACUUCAAGGAUUCAUUUCACUUGACAUCCCAAAGCUGUUCAAGGCCAAACCAGCCCCUUGGAGCCUGGGGACAGGGUGGGUUUUCCAGGGAAAAGGAUGGAUAUUGGUGAAUUUGAGGGCGUGAGCAGCCUCUGCAGCAACUUCACCUCAUCUUUGCACGUGCCUCCUUCCACAAGGAUUCCAUUCAAAUCCCAAGGGAUUGAACCUGUGCGUCCUUCUGGGACAACCCCCCUCCUUCCCUUUCCCCUCCAGGGGGUGGGAAGAACAGGUGGAUUCUGCCAGGUUUUGGUCAACAACCUCCAGGACCCCGAAAACAGGGAGCCCUCCCCAAGCCGGCAGCGCCAUGACGUGGUCCCUCCUUCCCGGGAUUUUUGUUUCCCUCCAUUCCCACUGAGCUUUUUGCCGGUCAGAGCCUUAAAUCCCAUCCCAGCCGUGUGGGGAUGGGGAGGGAUUUGCUUCACCUUGUUGCCACCUCUGUAAAUAAACCCCUGGUCCAACCCGACCUCUCCCGUCCAUCCCAAAAUGAUUUGUCCCAAGCGAAAAGCAAAAUUGUCCCCAUCCCAAAAAAACCAGAAACCUCAGGAGCACCAAGGGUGAGCUGUGAAAUAUUCCCUCUGGGAAGGCGGUCGGGGCUUCGGCAGCGAUUCCCACCCCCCUUUGCAUGUUUUUGGUCAUCCAUCC